AUGAGACGAAAAAACUUUUUAAAUCUUGAAGAAGCGAUUGAGUAUGCGUUUUCUAAAGAAAUAGAAGCUGAUAUUCUGGCUUUACCACCCGAAGUAGACGAACUAACCGAUAAGGAAACUAUAAAUGAUGAGGAGUUAGGGACACCUAUAGUUGCUGACAUUGCUGGAACUAUGGAACUAGAUGUACCAUCCGAUGAAGAAGAUACAGUCUCCUUAGCAAAACAGUCAUCUACUUCUGGACACGACAUACCACCUUCAAAGCGAAUAUGUGCUGAAACUCUCAAAUGGCAAAAAAAAGAAACAAUGAGAUAUGCAACAAACGAUAAGAAUAAUCCAAAUUUUAUUGUCACAGGAGAAGAUAUAAAAGUUUUUUUGGGAUUUUUAAUCUUCACUGGGUAUCAUGCUUUGGAAAACCAAAAACAUUCUGUAAAAAGUGCAAUGUAA